CGUGAACAGAGACAGCGCCGGGUGUGAUGGGAGGGAAAAGGCCUAUAAAUGCGGUGCAGGAGAGCACGUCAGACCAAGUCAAACCUCCCUCUCACCCAUCGUUUUUACAUCUUGUCUGGAAUCUCAUCAUGGAUAUCCCCAUCCAGUAUCCCUGGUACCGUCGGGCCUUCCCACAUCGACUCUCUGACCUCUCCUUGGCAGAACCUCUCACUGAUUGGCCACUUAUCUGGCCCUUGCCCUGGUCCUUUCCCUGGAUGCGCCCCUCAUUCAUGCGCUGGUUCAACUGGUCCGACAAUGGCCCCAGUGAGAUGCGGAUUGAAAAGGAUCGUUACGUCAUUUAUCUGGAUGUGAAGCAUUUCUCCCCUGACGAGCUGUCUGUCAGUGUCAGUGACGAGUUUAUCACAGUACAUGCCAAGCAUGAAGACAGAAAGGACGACCACGGCUUUGUGUCAAGAGAGUUUCUGAGGAAGUACAGGCUCCCAAAUGGCAUAUUAAGUGCUGAUGUCACCUCCAGUCUGUCAUCUGAUGGUGUGCUUACAAUCACUGCACCUCGGUCAUCUGCUGUGGGCGAAGAGCGCAUUAUUCCUAUUGCCUGUGAAGAUGGAACACCGAAACAAAAAAUGUAGAGCAGAGUCUGAUGCUCCGUACACUGUUUCACUACUAACCCCAAGUGCUGCCUGUUAGUAUGUUUAACCUGUUACAGUUUUGUUGGCUGUUCAGUAUACAUAUACCGUACAGUAGUUGGGGCAUACAGGUCUAGAUGUCUAUAAGUCCAAGUGCCUUCUAAUAAACCAGUAUCUAAUUCCUAACUCACUGUUAUUAUUAUCUCUGCAAGACAAUGGUGCUUUAAAACCAAAGGCUAAUAUGUUGUGCAUGUGUAACAAAGUCUAUUUGAACUUUGAAUUGACACAUUGGAGUGAGCUGCAGGAUAAUGAACUCCUGAGAGUUCAUUUCCCUAUUCCUCUCUGCCCAAAAUAUUCACACCACUACAAGGGCAUGUAAUCAGAUUUUGAAAAGCAUUUCCUUUGAAUGUUAUUUAAAGUUUACUGGCCUGCAGUCUAGUGAGAAAAAAUGUAAGCCUUUGUUACUUAAACCCAAGUUAGCUUUCAGCACCUGUUAAUUUUAUAGGGAAAUGCUAAAAUGUCAAUGUGAGGAAUUGGAAAUUGUGCACAGAAGAUGACAGCAGACUAAAACUAGUUAAAAUCAGUUGUAUCUACAGUACACAGUAUUGUCUGACUGGGUAUGAGUAAGAUGACAGCUGUGCUUUGUUUAUUCUUUGAGAAUAGUUUCUGUAUGUGUGAGGAAAAGGGAGUUCUCCGAAGGCAUAUACAGUCACUAAAAAAAAGCCACCAAAGGACCUGGGACCAGGUGUGCACUCAUUGAGAGGAAGAAUGAGGGUGAAUGAGCAGGAGGGAAUGUAGUGGACGAGGGAGGAGACAGACAGCUUUUUACACUGGGCUCCUUUUCCACUGGGGAGCAUGGCCUCUGAGCUGCUAAGGAAUGUGUGAAUGUAUGUGAGAGUGAGUGCAUUAUGUGCUUGUAGAUGCAAGAAUUACAGCUCUAUCAUUCCUUCAUAUUGGCAACAACCCUCUGGCAUAUUAACACAGACAACAACAGAUAGAAUAAAUCAUGAAACUUAAAAUCA